CUCUCCUCUGUUUUGAUCCUCUUCUCCUUCUAUACUCUUCCUUUGUUCUCUCCCCCUUUCCCCUCUCCCCACGCAUCGUUUCCCUCUCCUCCGUGCCCUAGCAACCCAACCUCCGCGCUUUCGCCAUGGACGGCGACGCCGCAGAGUUCGAGGAUUGGGAGCUCCUCGAUUUCCCCGUCGUAGCCGCUGCAAACCCCCCGGACCCUCGCGAUGACCCCAAACCCUUCGAGGGGAUCGGCGAAAGCUUCGUACCCGGCACCAUCGAGCCCGAUUACUUCGCCCCCGAUCACGCCAGGGUGCUCUCGGAGGAAGACGAUGGUGGCGAUGAGGGUGGGGUCGAUUCUGAUAACCCUAGCUCGGCCGAUCCCGACUCCGAUUCCAGGUACGAGGUCGGGUCCGUGGGGGGAGUGGGUUUCGGAUCGAGUGGGAGUAGCUUCUCGCUGGAAUCGAUCGCUGAUAGUGAGAAUGGAGAGAUUGGUAACGUGGUGGAAUCGGCGAUUGGUGAGGAGAGUGGGAAUCGUUCGAGCUUUGGAGGGCUUGGGACUUGUCAUGGAUCUGAUGCAGAGGUAGAGAAUCGUGGAUUGGAUGAGAGGAGAGCUGAUGAAGAGGUAGAGAAUCAUGGAUUGGAUGAGAGGAGAGAUGAUGAUUCCGAGCCUUUCGCAGAGGUAGAUGCUGGGAAUGGUAGUUCGGAGAUUGCAUCUGUUGAUGGGGGAGAGAAGCGGAUUGCGGCUUGGUGGAAGAUGCCUCUGGUGCUCAUGAAGUAUUUUGCUUUCAGGGUUAAGCCUCUUUGGUCUAUCUCCGUUGCCGCCGCCAUUUUGGGGUUGGUCAUGCUCGGAAGGAGGAUGUACAAGAUGAAGCGCAAAAGCAGAAAUAUUCCACUGAAGAUUGUGAUCGAUGACGGGAGGGAGUCUCUGCUGGCGGCCCGGGCUGCACGUCUUAACAAAGCAUUCUCGGUGGUGAGACAAGUUCCGGUCAUAAGAGCAUCAACUCGCGCUGUGACUCCUUUGUCUAUUAUUUCAGUUAGAUGAGCUUUGGAUUCUUUAAACAUCAUAUCAGUGAAGCUUUAAAGAAGUUAGUCAGCAGAAUGUGGUAGUUUAUCCUUUAUAUUUCUUUUGGAUGUAGGCGCAAUGAUCGGGAAAUACUUAGCAGCCUGUCUGUUCUAUUUUUUUUUUCUUUUUUAAAAAAUUACCUUAACUGAUAGUAUGUUUUAUGUUAUAUGGUUUCUGUUACUAGUUAGUUAAGCUUGAAUAAUUGUCUGAGUACGAAUAAAGAAUAUAAUUUCUGUGAGUUUAAAUGA